AUGAGGUCGUUGGAGCAGGCCAGGCAGCGAUGGCAAAUCACUCGGGCGCAGAUCGAAGAGCUGCCCAAGCUCAAGCAGAGCGUGAGAAUAGAACAUGGCCGCAGUCUUGGUACUCUAGGUCUCCGAUCGGUCCUGUGGAAGACGUUUCUGCUGCUUCGGGAUCACGAUUUCUUCACCUGGCCCAAGGUCUUGGCAGAAUCCCGAAGCGCCUACGCUAGCCUAAGACAGCACUUUUUACGAUUCAUUGAGAAUCCUGACGAGCUCGCAUCCGCCUCAGAUCCCUUGGACGAUGAUCAAAAUUCUCCAUGGAAUUCUCUGCGCCGCGAUGAAGAAAUACGGACGGAAAUCUUUCAAGACGUCCAGAGGUGCAUGCCAGAAGUUCAAUAUUUUCGCGAAGCCAAGACUCAACAGAAACUCCUGGACAUUUUAUUCAUCUAUUGUAAGAUCAAUCAAGAUGUUGGAUAUCGUCAAGGCAUGCAUGAACUCUUGGCACCUAUCUUGUGGGUAAUUGAGCAAGAUGCGAUUGACAGUCAAGAUACUCAAGGAUUAGAAGGCUGUAUUCACGAUGAAAAAUUGAUGCGCGAAUUCCUGGACCCCUCUUAUAUCGAGCAUGACACUUUCACACUACUGUCCAUGGUGAUGCGAUCAGCCAAAUCUUUUUACGAGCUAGGUGGGUCUAAUUUCCACCAGCCCUCAGUCUCCAAUGGUGCACAGGUAUGCGUCACUCCUAUUAUAGCACGAAGUCAGCGCAUUCAUGAAGUGUACCUUGCUUCACUUGAUCCACAGCUCGCAGAGCAUCUCACUGAAAUCGAGGUAUUGCCCCAGGUAUUCCUAAUACGUUGGAUUAGGUUACUCUUUGGGAGAGAGUUCUCAUUCAAUGAUCUACUGUCUUUGUGGGAUCUGAUUUUCGCCGAAGAUCCUCGAUUGGCUCUCGUCGAUCUGGUCUGCGUUGCGAUGCUAUUGAGAAUUAGAUGGCAAUUGGUUAGCGCCACCUCUUCUGUUGCCUUGAUAUUAUUGUCGAAAUAUCCCCCUCCUUUACCACCAAAUGGACCUCAAACGCUUGUGGACGACGCUAUUUUUCUUCGGGAUAAUCUCAAUGUAGCCGCUGGAACGGAAAUCAUCAAUAAGUAUAAUGAGAAAUCCUUUAAAUUAACAUCAGGGCUCAGAGCCCUGGGACGAGGAUCGGUUUCGAGACAUGCUCAUCAGAGAACAAUUUCACCUCUAUCUUCACCAGCAAAAUUUUUGCAGCAGCAAGGUGGUGUUGAAGGCCUAUUCCAAGAUGCCUUCGAUGGCUUCUUAAAUCACGGGGAACGGCUUGGAAUAAACCAAGCUGUACGCGAAGCGGUUGGGGAGGUCAAAAGAAAUAUGCAAGGACUUCAAGUAAAUAGAAGAGCUUCCGAGAGUGUAAGGGGAUCCUUUGAAGAAACAAGUUUGAGACCUACCUCCAAAAGUGGUGCGCCGACAGCAGACGCGCGGAAUCAACAAUUGGCGCAGAUGCUCAUACAAGCGAUAAGUGAACUCCGAGCUGUGUCUAACCACGAGCAAAGUAAGGAAAGUAUUGCCAAGAUAGAUGCAGCCAUUGCCAAAAUCGACUUUGUCAGGGUCUACCUCGAAGACUCGACUAUUCUACUACCCGAAACCGCACACUCACCCAGCAAGGUGUGA